AUGCUGCCCACUCCCAAGGCAGAGCUGGGCGAGGACCUGGGCCUUCCUAUCAGCCUGAACUUGCACGGCCGCAGCGGUGCUGACCCAGCCUGUGGGCUCCCCGGGAACUCCUCGCAGACGGCAGGCACCACGUGUUUGCCCUUUUACCGCUCGUCUGCCACCUGCGGCACUGGUGACCAAGGUGCGUUCUUUGGCAACCUCUCCCAGGCAAAUCCGCGACAACAGAUGAACGGGUUGACCUCUUUCCUGGAUGCAUCCACCGUGUAUGGAAGCUCCCUAGCCUUGGAGAAGCAGCUGCGGAACUGGACCAGCGCCGAGGGGCUUCUCCGGGUUAACACUCGCCACUGGGAUGCUGGCCGUGCCUACCUGCCCUUUGUGCCACCGCACGCACCCUCGGCCUGCGCACCCAAGCCUGGCACCCAUGCUGCCCAUGCCCCCUGCUUCCUGGCCGGGGAUGGCCGUGCCAGCGAGGUCCCCUCCCUGGCUGCCAUGCACACACUGUGGCUGCGUGAGCACAACCGCUUGGCCACUGCGCUCAAGGCCCUCAACCCACACUGGAGUGCAGACGCUGCUUACCAGGAGGCACGCAAGGUUGUGGGUGCCCUGCACCAGAUCAUCACCUUGCGGGAUUAUGUCCCCAAGAUCCUGGGCCCCGAGGCCUUUGAGCAGUAUGUGGGUCCCUACAAAGGCUAUGACUCCACUGUGAACCCCACGGUGUCCAAUGUGUUCUCCACGGCUGCCUUCCGCUUCGGCCACGCCACGGUCCACCCGCUGGAGAGGCGGCUGGACACCCGCUUCCAGGAGCACCCCGACCUCCCCGGCCUGCCCCUGCAUGACGUCUUCUUCAGUCCCUGGAGGCUCAUCCAGGGAGGUGGUGUGGACCCACUGUUAAGAGGCCUUCUUGCAAGACCAGCCAAACUGCAGGUGCAAGAUCAGCUGAUGAACAUGGAGCUGACAGAAAGGCUCUUCGUGAUAUCAAAUUCGGGAACCAUGGAUCUGGCAUCACUGAACCUGCAGAGGGGCCGGGACCACGGCCUGCCAGGUUACAAUGCGUGGAGGGAGUUCUGUGGCCUGCGCCGACUGGAGACGCCUGCGGACUUGAGCACGGCCAUAGGCAGCAGCAGUGUGGUCGACGGGAUAAUGGACCUGUACAAGCACCCUGACAACAUCGACGUCUGGCUGGGCGGCUUAGCUGAAAACUUCUUCCCCGGGGCCCGAACCGGUCCUCUAUUCACCUGUAUCAUUGGGAAGCAGAUGAAGGCCCUGAGGGAUGGUGACAGGUUCUGGUGGGAGGACAGCCGUGUCUUCACUGAGGCUCAGCGGCAUGAACUGCAGAAGCAUUCCUUAUCUCGGGUCAUCUGUGACAAUACAGGCCUCACCCACGUGCCCGUUGACACCUUCCAUGUCACGAGAUUCCCCCAGGACUUGGAGGGGUGUGAGAACAUUCCCGGCAUGAACCUGGCAGCGUGGAGGGAGACCUUUCCUCAAGAUGACAAGUGUGGCCUCCCAGACAGAGUGGAGAACGGGGACUUUGUGCACUGCGAGGAAUCUGGGAAGCGCGUGCUGGUGUUCUCCUGUCACCACGGAUACGAGCUGCAGGGGCAAGAACAAGCCACCUGCACCCAGCAAGGAUGGGACGUCCCACCCCCCACUUGCAAAGAUGUCAACGAGUGCAGAGACCCCGCGCGUGCACCCUGCCACCCCUCUGCGCGGUGCCGGAACACCCUGGGCAGCUUUCGCUGCAUCUGCACCGACCCGUACGAGCUGGGAGAGGACGCGAGGACCUGCGUUGACUCCGGGAGGCUCCCGUGGGCGUCAUGGGUCUCCAUCGCACUGGGCGCCCUGCUGGUCGGCGGCUUGGCGGGCCUCACCUGGACAGUGAUCUGCAGGUGGUAA